AUGGGUCCAAUUUUUAGGAGCCCCCCUAAGAUCACUCGAUCAGCCAAGCGGAGCGGGAAGUGGAGCUGCAGCGUGUGCGGCCAGCGGCAGGCGGGGCAGAAGAUCUAUGGGCAAGGUUCUGGCCUAGACUGUAGGCGCCAUGUCCAGAAAUUAAACUUGCUGCAGGGUGAGGCGGAGGAAGCAAUUGGUUGGACAUCUCGGUAUGUAGAAGAAUCUGUAAAUGACAACAAAAAUACAGCAGCCCAACGUGAAGAUGGUUCAGUACAGCAGGACGGAAGGGCAGAAGUCAGUCGCUGGAGUAAAUAUCUGGACAAGGACAGUGAAGAUCAGGAAGAUGGGGAGGAGGAGGCAGGAAGAGAAAGGCAACAGUUCUGUUCCCAGAGGAAGAACAGUGUGGAAGAACAAAGGAAACAGCACAAGAGCUUUCUGUCCAGUGAUGUUCAGGAGCACGCAGAGGAAAAUGGAGUUUUCCAGCUUGCCUACCAGGCCAAAAAGCACAAGAAAUGUGCAGUAGCAGUGGCUGAUCAAGAUGACGGAGAUGCUGUUUCCGGAGGCAGUGUGGUUCCUGCUGUCUGUGAGUCUGUAACGCCUGAGGAGAGUACACAAACUGCAAGUGCUUGUACCAAACCCUCGAAGUGGGAAAAAUUUCUCUCGUGUUCUGACAGCUAUAGCAAAAAUGCUGCCAGGGUCACCUUGUCGCCACAGGGGGGCAGCGGAAGGUUGGGACUACACAGCACCACUGCGCCCGGCACCAUGGUGCCCAGCACCAGAUACUCAGUUGAGGAGGAUGUGCUGUUCAAAGAACCACAAAGCCAAUUGAUAAGGGCAGGAUCUGGUGUCUUAGAGACAACUGCAGGAAGGUGCUGUUUGGAUAGCACGAAGGCAAACGCUCUUAUUAACUGUAACCCCAGGCCAAAGCCUAGCAGCAUUUCUUGUGAGCACCUCUUCUGCACAGGUGAGGAGUUUGAUGAUGAUCUCUGA